ACUAUUUCUGCUCUUUCUCUCUUUCUCCCCCCUCCAACUCUCUCUGUCCAUCCACAGAGCCGGCCGGAGUCUUAACUGUACUGAAUUCACAGUCUUCCCCAACGACCGUUGCCGGAGCAUCACCGUUCCCGGCGUCUCAUCCGUCCGAUUACCUACCACUCCAUCGAUUUCCCGGCCCAAUUGGCCCAUCACUCAACAAUCAAGCUAAGAGCUGAGGAUGGCAUCGUCGGAUCACAUGGCGAGUGUCGACCCGUGGGCCCAGAUCCGACCCGCCUUCCUCGACCCGUGGUUCGCCGACCUCUUCUCCCGCGACACCGAUUCCUUCACCAAAGCCCUCCUCAAGUCCGACGACCACCCGCUCUCUCCCUUCCCGUCCGCCCAGCCCGAGGCAGCUCCGACGCGUGCAGCCUCGAGCGUCUCGGCCUCGUCCGACCCCGAUUCGGCCUCGAAGCGCCCCCACAACCCGAUCCCCUCGGCCCCGCGGGGCAGGGUCUCGAAGCGGAAGUCGCGCGCCUCGAAGCGGUCUCAGACGACCUUCAUAACAGCUGACGCGGCCAACUUCCGGCAGAUGGUGCAGCAGGUCACGGGCGUCAGGUUCGUCGGCGCCCAGCCGCCGGUGCUGAAGCCGGAGCCCCAGAGACCCACUGGCCGCCAGCUGCCACCAGGCGCGGACGGCGGCUGCCUGCCGACUCUCGACGCGGUGGCGUGGCUUCAGAACCUGGGAGGAGCAGUCCGGCAGGAGGGGCCGGUGCCUCUCAUUGCGGCUCCUAGUCCGGGGGCGGCCGACGGCGGAGUGGCCGGUGUCCUGAGUUUUGACUCGGCCGGGUGCUUUCCCACUCUGGAGUCGUGGAAAGCCAUUUGACGAUUAUUUUGCAAUUUCAUUUAUUUAGUUUAUAUUUUUAUUUAUAAGUAUAUUUAGCUUAUAUGGAUGUAUGUAUAAAUAUAUAUAUAUAUAUGUAAUUUUUUCCUUUGAUCUUUUUUUAUUUGUAUAAAUAGUCUUAUCAUGUGGGAGAAUUUGUUAAUACGGGGUGUAGCGUAAUGUCGGGACUAAUGGCUACGAUCUAUGCAUGUUAGUCAUUCUUGGCAUUUUCUUUCACUUGAUAUUUUUAUUUUCUUGUCCUAAUAUAAAAUAGCAUUGCACUAAAAUCAUAUAUAAUAAUUGAGUGUUUCUAUACGUAA